CCUAGGUUUAAAUCCAUAACUUUCUAGCUUGACCUCAGCGAGUGAAAGCAACCCGCAAGCUGAUACACAAAAGGAGUGGAGGACCUGCAGCAAUGGGAAUCAAACUGUACUACACCACCGUUACUGCCUCGCGGACGGUGAAGUCUCAACAGGCAGAAGUGAUUCGAAUCCUUGAGAGUAAAAGCAUCAAGUACGAGCUGGUCGACAUCUCUGUGGGCGGGGAGCUUCGUGACGAAAUGAGAAGCAAAGCUGGGAACCCCGCGGCAGUCCCUCCCCAGCUGUUCAAUGAAGACCAGUACUGUGGGGACUAUGAAAUGUUUUCUGAGGCGGUGGAAGCGGAUACAGUGGACCAAUUUCUGAAACUGGCGUGAGGAGGACGUAGGAGUGUCAGUCUCCAUCUUAACCCUAUUCCCUUAACCACCCACCUGCCCUCCCUGUGUGGUAAUAGAGGCCCUUUUAUUCAGUCUCUCUCUGCAACACUGGCAGUAUCCAUUCACUUUCAAUGCCAUAAUGAAGAAUGCCAAAUAUCACAUAUUCCCCCGACUGCACCAUGAGACUCGCUCUUAAUCUGUUGGAUGUUUUUAUUCUGUUCUUUUCCUUUUGAUUUUUGUCAGACCGUUUUCCUUGUCUGACAGACUAGUGUUAACAGUCCCCUUGGAGUCAAUGAGGUGUCUAAACGUGCGGUAAUUAGGUCGACUUAUCUUGGCCGCAGCCACAUGAUCACUGAGGUUAGCUAAACUAAUCCGCUGGAUGACAACAUUAACCCAGAAUCUCCCUGAUCCUCUGCAGACCCAACACACAAUCAUCCCUCAGUCUUAACUACUUUGUUGUCUAUUUUUUGUGGUUGUUGUUGUUGUUGUUGUUGUAGCCUUUGAAUUCCCCAUGUUGUGCAUGACUGCGCACUAUUUGUACCUCACAGUGCACAGGGACGUAGCAAGGACUGUAAUGUCCUUAAACCUAGUUAAUUAUGAGAGUUCUAGCAGCUAAAUGCCUUUUUGGCAUGGACAACUUUAUUGUUGUUGUAAUUUUGGUUCAUUGGUCCCAAUAUGCAAUCUAUGACACAAGGUUUGGUACUGACGUGGGAACCUACUGUUGCCCACUGACACUCAUCUGACCUGUGUUAAGGAACGAUAAUGCAGCUAGAACUUGGACAAAUAUAAAACAUACAAAUUACUUCAACUAGUACUUGUACACAUUUAAAAGUAUCUAUUUUGUUUUUCUUUUUUUUGUAGUAGUAAACAAACAAAGUUACGUUCACACGCAUUGUCCUUGAGGUCUACUGAAAGUCUGGAGUGCAUUUCCUUCCAAAGAGAAUCUAAAAAAUGUAUCAGAAAUGGUGCGUUGUUCACAUCCAUGUUUGCUAGCAUGCAGUCUUCUUCCUCUUCAUCUUUUUGAACAUAUUGCUAUUAUUCUUUGCGCAUUACUGCCCCCAGCCGUCAAUCAGUGAAGCUGCGUGGCAGGUGUGUGUAUCGCCUGUGUGCACGCUAUAAAGACAAAAUGGGGACCCACUCGUUAAAACAUUGGUCCAUACCGCUGCUAGUGGUCAAAAAGUCUAAACGGUCCCUUUAAUCUAAGUUGUGGAAAUGUCUUAACAAAGAUGAAGCCAGAUGAUGUGUUGGUUAAAUCUAUCCAAAAUGG